AUGGCUUCAUUACACCCAGCGCCAAACAUGGCGCCUGGCAACGUGAGCUUGCCGCCUAACCUCACGCAGCAAAAUGUCCAGGAGAUACUCCAGAAAUACAAGCAAAUGCAAGAACAAGGUGUUCGCCCUGAUGACCCGGAAUUCCUCAAGGCCCACAACCUACUUGCUGCCAUUCAACGCCAGCAGGCUUUCCAAAAGCAACAGCGCAUGGCCCAGCAGCAGGCCCAGCAGCAGGCCCAGCAACAGCGCCAACAGCAACAGAUGAACGGCGCUACUCCUGAAGCUGCCAAUGGCUCUCAUGGUCGCACCCCUUCGACUUCUUCGACUGCCGCAGCUAAUGCCACGAAUACCUCAGCAGUUGCUCUGAACCAAAAGAAUGCGACUGUUGGCAGCGGUAGCUUUUCACCGGAGCAACUGGCUACCCUUCGAAACCAAAUCUUAGCUUUCAAGAUGCUAUCGAAGAACCUCGCAAUUCCCCCGCGUGUCCAAGAGCAGCUUUUCCAAAACCAGAAGAAGUCUCAACCACCUACUCCCACGGACAAUGUUACCGCAGCCGAAAAGGUCAUUGAAGCUGCCACUGACGGCGCUGGUAGCCAGCCUCCAGAAAGCUCAGAUGCGGAAGUCAUGACCAGGGAGUGGUAUGACAACUUCCAGUCUCCAUACGACUCGCUUUCCAAGACUAUUAGCUACACUGACCACGCCAACCGUACAAAUCGUGUGCGCAUUCCCGCUCUCUUGCCACCUGGCAUCGACUUGGAGCAGAUGCGCGAGGAUCGUGAGACCAUACUGUAUAAUAAAAUCACUGCCCGCAAAGCAGAGCUUGCCCAACUUCCCGCCAACCUCGGUGUAUGGGAUACCAGCAAGAGUGAUGCACCAACCUACGAUGACUCCCUCAAGCUGAAGGCCCUGAUUGAGUAUAAAUCACUUAAUCUUUUGCCCAAACAACGACAAUACCGCAAGCAGCUCCAGAGCGAGAUGUUCCACUACAGCAACCUCGGCAUGACAGCCAAUCGCUCGAGUCACCGCCGCAUGAAGAAGCAGUCCCUACGUGAGGCUCGUAUCACCGAGAAGCUCGAGAAGCAGCAACGUGAUGCUCGCGAAUCUCGAGAGAAGAAGAAGCAAUACGAUCAGCUGCAGGCCAUCCUCAACCACAGCGCUGAUCUUGCUAAUGCUUCCGCCCAGCAACGUACGCGCUCGCAGAAGCUGGGUCGUAUGAUGAUCUCACACCACCAACACAUGGAACGCGAAGAGCAGAGGCGCGUCGAGCGAACCGCCAAGCAGCGUCUGCAGGCUUUGAAGGCUAACGAUGAGGAGACAUACCUGAAGCUUUUGGGACAGGCCAAGGAUUCUCGUAUCUCUCAUCUCCUCAAGCAGACCGACAACUUCCUUAAGCAGCUUGCCGCAUCCGUCAAGGAACAACAGCGCAGUCUGGCGAAUCGUUAUGGCGAGACGCAUGAUUACGACGAGGAGUCUGACCAAGAGAUCGCGGACAGCGAAAACGAGGAUGACAGUACAGCCACCGGAAAGAAGAAGGUCGACUACUACGCUGUCGCUCAUCGCAUCAAUGAAGAAGUCACCUCGCAGCCUGACAUUCUUGUGGGAGGCACUCUCAAGGAGUAUCAGAUUAAGGGCCUGCAAUGGAUGAUUUCACUGUACAACAAUAACCUGAACGGUAUUUUGGCUGAUGAGAUGGGUCUUGGAAAGACGAUCCAGACGAUCAGUUUGAUUACCCACAUCAUUGAAAAGAAGAAGAACAAUGGGCCCUUCUUGGUCAUUGUUCCACUGUAG